AUGGUUCACAGGGAUGCUCUACAAACCCUGCAGCAAACGGUCUGGGAUGCUCGACUGCCGCUAGAAAUAAGACUAGCAGCAUCAGAGUGUCGAAGAUUCGACAUCGCUGACCCUUACUUGGUCGCGUCUCCACGUCUGUCAUACUUACCUCUUUUGCUUCCACGACUGCAUAAAUUUUUCUCGGCGGAUCUGAUUGCGGAUCCUGAAACAGUGUCUCCAUAUCAUGGCUAUUUCACAUUCGAAGGUGUCCCGCUCAAAUGGCACUUACCACUGGGUCUGCUAUACGAUGUCUAUGUUCUAUCCACAUCAGAUGCCGGCCCCGAAGACUCAGAUUCGGCCCCUCUUCCCUUCCAGUUGACGUUGCAUUUCACACAAGGUUCCUCAGAGAAGCCUAGUCUCCCGGAUGCAACUCCCGUUGUGCUUCACGACUCAUUUAUCAAUUCCGUCAAGGAGGCAGACUUCUUACGGUCCGGCACCGCCAAACCUAUCAUGACGCUGUCAACUCAGGAGAGCAAGGCGUUGUGGAAAUCUGCUCAAGAAAACGAUUUGAUGACUUUUUCGAAAAUCCACAAUUCCCUGGUGCCUUCAUCAGGACAACUCAGAAACAUCCCAUUACGUGUCUAUCUGCCGUCCUCUCCGGGCCAUGACCCAAGCAAGGCUCAGAUCAAGGUCGUUCAAUCUCAUGUCUCACCCACUAUCAACGCGACGCUCCAAGGUACUCCCGCGACGCUGCGAGCUCCUUCUGCGGGACAGCCUCAAACGUUAGGAAACGCGCUGCAUAAUGUCUUGCCUAGCAUUUUCCCUUCGAGAAGAACGACCAUGCUUGGAACUCCCCUCCUGCACGGAGCCCCUGUUCCGAUGAAUGCCCAUCUGGAAGAAUUAUACCGUUCCGCUUGUUAUGCGGAUGGGUGGCUUUCUAUUGUAGUCGCAAUGCGUGGCUAG